GGCGCGCGGGUCGGGGCCCGAGGCGGGCGGCCAGGAAGGUACGGACCACGAGCAGCCGGCCGCGCCCCCAAGCCUCGGUAUCUUCGAUUGCGGGUUCCGCUGGCGGCGGUGGCGCUGACAAGCUCGCGCCGGGGAAGCAGGGGAGUCUCUGCUCACACAGACCGCGCCCCCACGGAGGGAGGCCGCUUCCUAGACCUCACCUAGUCGUCCUUCCUCUCCCUGCCCUGGGGAGGUUGCGGGGGUCAGUGCAAACUCCUGUGUCCAGGGCACUGGACCUGAUGACCUUUGAGGAUGUGGCCGUGUACUUCUCCCAGGAGGAGUGGGGGCUCCUGGACACAGCACAGAGGGCCCUGUACCGCCACGUGAUGCUGGAAAACUUCACACUUGUGACCUCACUUGGACUCUCCACCUCCCGACCUCGUGUGGUCAUUCAACUUGAGCGUGGCGAGGAGCCCUGGGUUCCCAGUGGAAAGGACAUGACCCUGGCCAGGAACACCUACGGGAGGCUCAACUCUGGUUCCUGGAGUUUGACAGAGGAUGGAGAUGUUCCUGGAGAAUGGCCAGGAGCUUUCCCAGAUACCCCACCUGGGAUGACUACUAGCGUCUUCCCCGUUGCCGGUGCCUGCCACAGUGUAAAAAGCCUGCAAAGACAACGGGGUGCCUCCCCAUCUCGGGAGAGGAAACCCACGGGGGUGUCGGUGAUCUACUGGGAGAGGCUCCUGCUAGGCUCGGGCAGUGACCAGGCCAGCAUCAGCCUGCGACUGACCUCCCCACUCAGGCCCCCCAAGAGCAGCCGGCCCAGGGAAAAGACCUUCACAGAGUACCGGGUGCCUGGCAGGCAGCCCAGGACGCCUGAGCGGCAGAAGCCAUGUGCACAGGAGGUCCCUGGGAGAGCCUUCGGGAAUGCCCCGGACCUGAAGGCCGCCAGUGGUGGCAGGGAUCGCAGAAUGGGUGCAGCUUGGCAGGAGCCUCAUAGACUCCUCGGUGGCCAGAGGCCCUCGACCUGGGACGAGCUGGGCGAGGCUCUCCCCGCUGGGGAGAAGUCCUUCGAAUGCAGGGCGUGCAGCAAAGUGUUCGUGAAGAGCUCCGACCUCCUCAAGCACCUACGCACCCACACCGGGGAGCGGCCCUACGAGUGCGCCCAGUGCGGCAAGGCCUUCAGCCAGACGUCGCACUUGACGCAGCACCAGCGCAUCCACAGCGGCGAGACGCCCUACGCGUGCCCCGUGUGCGGCAAAGCCUUCCGGCAUAGCUCCUCGCUGGUGCGGCACCAGCGCAUCCACACGGCCGAGAAGUCCUUCCGCUGCUCCGAGUGCGGCAAGGCCUUCAGCCACGGCUCCAACCUCAGCCAGCACCGCAAGAUCCACGCGGGCGGGCGUCCCUAUGCCUGCGCACAGUGUGGCCGCCGCUUCUGCCGCAACUCGCACCUGAUCCAGCACGAGCGUACGCACACGGGCGAGAAGCCCUUUGUGUGCGCGCUCUGCGGUGCCGCCUUCAGCCAGGGCUCCUCGCUCUUUUUGCACCAGCGCGUGCACACAGGCGAGAAGCCCUUCGCCUGCACCCAGUGCGGCCGCUCCUUUAGCCGCAGCUCCAACCUCACUCAGCACCAGCUCCUGCACACGGGCGAGCGGCCCUUCCGCUGUGGGGACUGUGGGAAGGGUUUUGCCAAGGGCGCCGUGCUGCUCAGCCACCGGCGCAUUCACACAGGCGAGAAGCCCUUCGUGUGCACGCAGUGUGGCCGCGCCUUCCGUGAGCGCCCGGCCCUCUUGCACCACCAGAGGAUCCACACCACAGAGAAGACCAAUGCCGCAGCACCAGACUGCACCCCGGGGCCGGGUUUCCUUCAGGGACAUCAUCGGAAGGUGCGCCGGGGAGGGAAGCCAAGCCCAGUCCUGAAGCCAGCGAAGGACCAGAUGGCCUUUGAGGAUGUGGCUGUGUACUUCUCCCAGGAGGAGUGGGGGCUCCUGGACACAGCCCAGAGGGCCCUGUACCGCCGCGUGAUGCUAGACAACUUUGCACUUGUGGCCUCACUGGGACUCUCCACCUCUCGACCUCGUGUGGUCAUCCAACUGGAACGUGGCGAGGAGCCCUGGGUUCCCAGUGGAACAGACACAACCCUGUCCAGGACCACCUACAGGAGGCGCAACCCUGGUUCCUGGAGUUUGACAGAGGAUAGAGAUGUUUCUGGAGAAUGGCCAGGAGCUUUCCCAGAUACCCCACCUGGGAUGACUACUAGCGUCUUCCCCGUUGCCGGUGCCUGCCACAGUGUAAAAAGCCUGCAAAGACAACGGGGUGCCUCCCCAUCUCGGGAGAGAAAACCCACGGGGGUGUCGGUGAUCUACUGGGAGAGGCUCCUGCUAGGCUCAGGCAGUGGGCAAGCCAGUGUCAGCCUGCGACUGACCUCCCCGCUUAGGCCUCCCGAGGGCGGCCGGCUUAGGGAAAAGACACUCACAGAGCAUGCGUUGCUUGGGAGGCAGCCCAGGACGCCUGAGCGGCAGAAACCAUGUGCACAGGAGGUCCCCGGGAGAGCCUUUGGGAGCGCCCAGGACCUGGAGGCCGCCAGCGGUCGGGGGCAUCACCGAAUGGGUGCGGCUUGGCAGGAGCCUCAUAGACUCCUUGGUGGCCAGGAGCCCUCGACCUGGGACGAGCUGGGGGAGGCUCUUCACGCUGGGGAGAAGUCCUUCGAAUGCAGGGCGUGCAGCAAAGUGUUCGUGAAGAGCUCCGACCUCCUCAAGCACCUACGCACCCACACCGGGGAGCGGCCCUACGAGUGCGCCCAGUGCGGCAAGGCCUUCAGCCAGACGUCGCACUUGACGCAGCACCAGCGCAUCCACAGCGGCGAGACGCCCUACGCGUGCCCCGUGUGCGGCAAGGCCUUCCGGCAUAGCUCCUCGCUGGUGCGGCACCAGCGCAUCCACACGGCCGAGAAGUCCUUCCGCUGCUCCGAGUGCGGCAAGGCCUUCAGCCACGGCUCCAACCUCAGCCAGCACCGCAAGAUCCACGCGGGCGGGCGUCCUUAUGCCUGCGCACAGUGUGGCCGCCGCUUCUGCCGCAACUCGCACCUGAUCCAGCACGAGCGUACGCACACGGGCGAGAAGCCCUUUGUGUGCGCGCUCUGCGGUGCUGCCUUCAGCCAGGGCUCCUCGCUCUUUAAGCACCAGCGCGUGCACACAGGCGAGAAGCCCUUCGCCUGCCCACAGUGUGGCCGCGCCUUUAGCCACAGCUCCAACCUCACCCAGCACCAGCUCCUGCACACGGGCGAGCGGCCCUUCCGCUGCGUGGACUGUGGCAAGGCCUUCGCCAAGGGCGCCGUGCUGCUCAGCCACCGGCGCAUUCACACGGGCGAGAAGCCCUUCGUGUGCACGCAGUGUGGCCGUGCCUUCCGUGAGCGCCCGGCCCUCUUUCACCACCAGAGGAUCCAUACCGGCGAGAAGACCGUCCGGCGAUCCAGGGCCAGCCUGCACCCCCAGGCCAGGUCUGUUUCCGGGGCAUCAUCAGAAGGUGCGCCAGUGAAGGAAACCGAGCCCACUCCCGCCUCGGGCCCAGCCGCCGUCUCGCAGCCAGCGGAGGUCUGAGGUCACAGGUUGCAGCCCUGGCCUUCUGUGAAUCCCUUCCACAGCUAAAGGGCAUAUGUCCUCUGCAGAUCCACAGCAGAGAAAAAGUCCCGUGCUUGCUAGUCAGGGACAAGGGAGGACCUUUGGCUGUGAUUUCAUUUGCACGUGGGGACAGGAUUUGCCAGUUCACCCAUAGACCACACCUCCAUCCCCAAAGAGGUAGCACUGCAGAAACAUCAGGGGGAGGACGUGGUGGCUGAACUCUCGUGGGGCUGAGACUAUUCAGAGCCAGUAGGAGGCCGACAGUCACAGCACUGCACCGUGGUGCUGCUUCAUGUGAUAUAACAGUGGCUGCUAAGGUGAGAGGGAUGCGAGCAUGGGCUGAGGGUGGCCCAGAGAAACUUAUGACAGCUGUACACAAACUGGCCGCUGGAUAGAUGCCCGCUGAGGGUAUUCUCCUCCCCUCAACCCACUGCCUCUGUUCAUCCAAGGCUUCCUAGGGGCCAGCCUAGCAGACAAGAGACCACAAGGGACUGGGGAUCAGGGUCUGGGUUCUGUCAGCCACCACCUCUGGGAAAAAGAAAAGGUUUGGGUCCGCUGAACAGCAUGUUUGUAGAUGCUGACAGGUGGAGUCCUAAUGAGACCCAACAUGUGCUCACUGCCAGCUCCCAUCCUGAGUACUGGGAAACUUCUGAAGCCCUGUGAGAUGGCUCUGUGGCUGGUACCCCGACUUGGAAGAUGAGGAAACUGAGGCACACAGCCUGGCCUGGCCUGGCUUCACACACACAGCUGACUCAGGAGAGGGAUGCCCAUGGGGGAACAUGUGACUCUCAGCAUUGGAAGGACAGAGCUAGAAUGAUGGCUUUCCAGUGGCACUCGUUCAGGUUUUUGCCCAAGUCUCAGCUUGGCCAAGGCCUGUCACUGACUGGUUUACCAAAGUCGAUGUGAGGAGGAGCCUUUAUACCUGAGGGGGAUGAUGUUAACUUCAGACAAGAUGGAGCUUCUCAUUUUUGCCGGGUUGGGUGGCCACUCCCCCCCACAGCCCUGUCUCACCCCUAUUAUCCCUGCUCAAUUGGAGGCUGGACAGAGCUGAAUAGGAAGGACUUGCUAUUGCCUAAGGCUAUGUGUGACACCCUUCUGAGGACCUCCCCACCCUAAUGGCCCUUCAUGGCAGGGACAGAAGGGUGGACUGGGGGCCAUUUGCUUCCUGUGGCCUUCAGCAGACCAGGCCCUGUCCCUACCUGGAGCCUCACCUCCAAGGAAAUUCAUGUUCUCCUUAAUGGGAAAAAAAAAAAAAAAAGACUACCAUCUGCAACUCAGAGUAGGUGUUGCAGUUUCCUGUACAGCAGUUUGGACCUCCAGAGCACAGCCUCUUGUCCCUACUCCAGAGCAUGGUUCAGUCUUAAUAACAGUUCAAGAGCUUCUCUGAUAAAGGUUUCUUUUUAAA